AUGUCCGACCCAUUUUCGGUCACUGGAAGCGCGGUCGGCGUAGUUUCGCUCGGGGUCACGAUCUGCCAAGGGUUUCUCGCUUACUAUGGGCCGUAUAAGUCGUUUCAUGAGGAUAUAGAGGAGGUACUAGCUCGGGUGCAAAGUCUCAGUAGCCUCAUGACCGUCCUGCACGAAACGGUUACCACUUUGCCAGUCGCCCCGGCACCAUCGGGUCCCCAACCAGUCGAUUUAGCGACGCAGAAUAUCGGGUUGUGCCAGAGUGGAAUCCAAAAGCUGGAGCGGAUCCUCGAAAAGUGUCGGAAAAAUUGCCCACCCAGCGCGCAAAAGGUGUCGAAAUUGAAAUCACAAUUUGACCGCUUGUUGUAUCCUUUUCAUCAAGACACCCUGGUAAAGGUAAUGGAUACAGUGACCUGGUUACAGUCCAAUGUCGAUACCUCCCUUCAACUGUUACAGAUGACAGUGAUAAACGCCGGACAACAAUCCUUGGGCACGAUUUUAUUAAACUCAUCGUCGACUGUUGUGAACACAACCAAGAUCGUCGCCGGAUUGGGGAGAUUGGAGGCGAAAAGCUCUGCCUUUGAUACGGCCCUCGUUGCGGUAUCACAGCGAAUGGAUGAAAUGGAAUUGCAUAUGAAAGCUAGCAGCAGCCGACCGGUUACGGACCCUGCCCUCUUGCGAUCACUGCUACGCAAUCAAGUGGAGAACGGCGACCGUAUCAAUACCCUGAUAUCAGAUUAUUCGAAAACCUCCCGCACACCGAAGCAAAGGCUACUGUGCCGAUGCCGGCCGACUCCCAUGGCAAUCAGCGCCCCCCAGAUGGGUUUCUCGCAUAAAGCGUGGUGUCCUAUCAGCAACCAGCAGAAGAACAUAGUAUCUCUGGCAUUCACAUAUACAGUUUGCAGUAGAUUUCUGAAUUUCUCUAUUGCGGCCUCGUUUGCCAUGACAAACGGCGCUGGGGGCCUGGCGAUCAGCCCAAAUCUACAAUUUCGCGCCAUUGUCCCUUCUAAUUCACCGGCCUUCAAGCUUCUUCUGCGUUCUGGCAGCGGUCGAGAUGGCUCAGCCAUACGGAGCAGUCACAAGGCUCUAUUCGAACUCUUCUAUGCUGGUCUGGCGUCACCAACGGAUACCUUGGGAAACGGAACGACCCUUUUGCACGCAAUAGCGGGCUGGCAACUUGAAAGCUACACCUGGGAUGACGGUUCGUGGGCGAACUGGCAGGCUUUGAUAAAUGACCUAUUGGCGACAGGUGUACCGCCAAGUUCUGUAGAUUCGUCGAACAGAACACCAGUCGAUAAAAUAAUCGCUUACCAUGACAGUGACCCAAUUCGACCCUCAGAGUCAUCUCGGAUAACUCAUACAGUGCGAACUUGCCUUGAACUACUCAGAGCCGGUUCAGUCAUAACAUCGUACGGCCUUAUGGCGAAUAGCAUUCAAUCACUCCGCAAAAUAGGAUUCGCGUACAAGAUCUUACCGUUAGAGGAGCGUGGCCGAGUCAGGGAUAAUACACUACGACUUGUGUGGGCAAUGGUGGCAGAAGAUGGAAUGUAUGGUAUGGAAGUACCUGGUGAAUUGCUACCCCUUUUAACAAAGUCCGUGGAGGAUCUUCGUGUACUCUUCAGAUCCUGGGCCAGCGUAGAUACAUCGUGGGUUCACUUCUAUGCAGAAUGGCCGGCAGGACUUGCUGUUUUGCUCGAAUGGGGAUAUUCGCCAACUAUUGAUACUCUACGUCAUGCCUGUGAGACACAAUGCCUCCCGAGUAUUGAUAUGAUCCUUCGCUGUCGCCGGCUUCAUUUUGGGUGGCAUGUCCUAGAGCUUGCAGAGUCGCAGGGUAAUCCUCAGAUCCGAGAAAUGAUGGUCGGGGCAUUCGUGGAACGCAGAAAGCUUCUAACGUCAUUAGCUGAGAAGCACCUGUCUCCUGAGGAGCGUCGUGGUCUGGACCUACUGCCCGGUACCUUACUCAACCGACAAGCCGCCGCAGCAUGCGCACUACUAGAGGCGCGGGGCUUGGAUAUCAGCGAUGUGCAGGACAGAGAUUCUUGUUUGGUCUAUCAUUGUUCGGUCUAUGAAUGGGGCGCAAGACGUAUCGACAUGUGGAAUCAAUUUUGGGACGCAGGCUUUACGGUCGCCGGCGAGUUGGAUGAGCGCGUAUUGUGGGCGCUGGCAGGGGCUCACCACCACCAGAAAGAUCCUCGCCAUGUGCGUUUCAUUCUGGAAAGAGUGGAAUGGUUGACUUCAAGAGGCGCGAAGAUUCAUCAAGUAGAGGGUGGCAUACCUGUCUUACCUUUCUUGAGUCAAAUACUGGGGCUUGAACUAUCUGAAGAUAUCAUCCCUUUAGUCAUGAGUGACAGGUUGACCGAACGUUUUCACACAAUCAUCCUGAACGACAUUCCAGAUAGCUGCGACUGCCCGUGCGCUAUUGGGGGAUGCGUCGCGUUCAAGCACAUGUGUGAAGAAAUAUUGGGUUCUGCGUCAAGGUGGAAAAUGAAAAUGCCCACCGAUGACAAGAGAUUGUCAGUGGUGCUUCAGAACAUAAACAGCACACUCACACCAGGCGAGGAGAGAUGCUUCUACCAACCUAUAGCAUCAGGUGCUCUCCGCUUUAUCACUUUCUGCCAACUCGAUAUUACACACACAUGCUGCUACCACUAUCAAAAAAUGGAUAAGGAAACAUUGCAGGAGAUCCACGAAGAAGAGGCCGACCUGAUUCAACAGCUCGACAAAUUAGUGGAGGAAUUUUCAAAGGCAUACGAAGAGUGCUCAUUGUUGCUCCACGAGUUUUUGAAGCAAGUCUGGAAGCCUAGAAUGGAUGAGAUUUUCUCAGAGAGGCCGAGUGAGGAGGAUGUCAUUGAGCUUCGGCGCAUUGGGGUUACUACCUUAUCAAGCUCAACCCUUUACAGAACCAUCAAAACUGACUUCCACACGACGCGUACAAAGACCGACGCACAUCACCUCGGGGUUCUACAAGAUCGUCGCAGGGAAGAAGAGGCCGGUCAGUAUAUGUAUGUAGAGACAAAGUAUGGUCUUGAGCGGCAGCUCGAUGUUUUGGAUGAGGCCACAGGUAUAACGCACCAUGUCGUCCCUGGUGACUUUGCGUUCUUCCAUGUUGGGUGGUAUACACUUCAAAAUAUCUCCCUGUGUCAUUUCCGCUGA